AUGUCGUCGCUGUUCACGGCACAGCUCCAUCCAGGGCGCGCUCUAGGUUUCCUGGUGCUUGGUGCGUCCCUCCACGAUAUCUUGACCCGACUCAAGGCCGAGCCACAGCGUUUCCCAAGGCUCGAGCUCGCCUACUCUCCCGAGAACCCAGUCAACGAACCUGUCACAGUGACACUACCUGCAAAUGGCAUCAGGAUACGCUUUGAUGGACCCGAGCAGCGCCUUCGCCUGAUAGAGGUCGUCGACUUUUCCAAAAAUCACAUCACCUUCAAGGAUCAGAACACCGAGCGCGACCUGGUCAAGCCCCCCGCCGAGCCUUCGACCGACGUAGGCGCCGCCGCCGAACCCACAUUCAAGCAUAUAUACCAGCGCUUUCUGGGCCCAACUUACGACGGCGAGUUCAUACCGGCCGCCGAUGGCCAAGACAUGGGUGUUUAUGUUCUGUCGUACCCCGGCGUCGCCUUCACAUUUCCUCUGUCUGGAUCGGCGUACACGCCCGACAAGGACGUCGUGACCUUGCUGUCUUCCUCGACACGGGCGGCCACCUCGAUGGCAGUCUUCAACGGAGACUCUUGGGCGCAGUCUCGGAAGACACUCUGGACUGAGGUUCUGCCCAGUGUCAAGACGUUCACACCUCUUGCCAAGGGCAAGGAUGUGUGUCCUGAUGAGAUCUCGCUAGUCAAGAUACACGGUGGCGGAAAGCUUCAGCUCUUCAAGAGAUGGACUACAAACUCCGUAUGGAUCUCACUGGGCGAGACAACGCCACAGGAACUUGUAGCCGAACUAGGGCCUCCUGACGCAAUCUACCGGAAGAACGACCAGCGCAUGUACAUUCACCAGAUAAGAACAGCCAGCAAUAGCCGAACACGGCCCGAUGGCGAUGAUCUCAGGCGGCAGGGUGACUCUACAGACACGGACCAGUCCUCAGCGCAUACAACGUCUGAGGACUCGAAUGAUGAUGAGGCGAUCGACGAUGACGUGGUUGCGAAUGUGUCGGGAGAGUGCUUCUACAACUACUUUUACCUCGGCUUUGAUUUGCUCGUCUCGACACCAGCGGCCCCGUCAGAGCCACCUCCCUCACAGGACCCAUCAACUCUCCCAGAGAAGAUGAUCAAAGUUGCGUCGCCAGAUCGCCUGGUUGCAACCAAGCUUAUACUCCAUGGAAAUGUGCCAGGGUCGUACCCAUUCAACCGACACAGACGUUGCAGAUGGGAGAUCUCCUAUCUCGACCACUCUUCGCCAGAAGCACCGAUCAACACGGAGACCAUCUUUACGGACAUCCAGAAGCACCUUCGGCAAGAAUGGCAACCCAUCUACUCCUCAGAGGCCGAAGCCAUCCAAAAGCAGAGAGGGAUGGUCCUCAAUCGCGGCUGGGGGGAUAGCCCUGGGAGCAGUAUUGAGUUUCUUGGCGGCUGGGAGGACAGUAGUGCCCACGUGGCGCCAGGUGUUGGCCCCAAGCGUGCUGACGGGACUGAAGACUCUACUACCACCUUGUACGGGUUCCCCGGUCUGGUCUUUGAGGUUCUCAAGAAUGGCUAUGUCAGCGCUGUCACUGUUUUUUGAUGACACUCUUGCAGGGAACCAAUAGUAAUGAGUUGAUACUUUUGCUGAAUUUUCCGAUCGGGUUCAUAGGUAUAGGAGUUUUGGGUGCAUUAGACAACGGUAAUCAGAGCUGGAUCGAGAACUCCCGGGCGUUCAAGGGCACUACUACGUGCGCCACGUUUUAUAGAAGCCUCCAAAGUAUUAUUAUUUAUUAUAAGCUUUUU